UGAUCAUGAUCAUGAUCAUGAUCCAAACGAAGGUUCCAUGGUCAAGAUAGAAGAGAAUGGAAGGCGUCCAGGGGUAUAUAUCUACAGACAAGAUGUUGUAAAGAGCAAAACUGAUGGAAAGACAGGUGUAGUGACAGAAGUUGCAGGUGAUUCUGAUUCAGAUAGCAGUAGUGAUGAUGAAGACGAAGAUGAAGACAAUGAAGUGGUGGGCCCCAAAGAAGAUUUACAUGAAAACAUCACUGGAAAUAAUACUGAUAAUGAUGAUGAAGAAGAAGAAGAAGAAGAAAACACCCCACUUCCAGCAGACCAUGUUAGGGUUUUAUGGAUGGAUGAGUCAGAGUCAACCCAUAGUCAAAAUGAUGUGAUAGUCAUUGACAGAGGUUUUUUACAUGGAGAUUAUGUUGCUUCUGCUUCUGAUCCAACUGGGCAAGUGGGUGUUGUUAUUGAUGUCAAUAUAUCCGUUGACUUGUCAACCAUUGAUGGGUGUGUCAUAAAUGAUGUCUCUUCAAAGAAUCUGAAACGUGUAAGGGAUUUUCAAGUGGGCGAUUAUGUAAUUUUUGGCCCAUGGUUGGGCAGAAUCGAUGAUGUUCUUGAUAAUGUCACAGUCAUGUUUGAUGAUGGAUCAGUUUGUAAAGUUAUGAAAGCUGAUCCUUUAAGGUUAAAACCCGUUGGCAAGAAUCUUCUAGAAGAUGCACAUUACCCAUAUUACCCUGGUCAAAGAGUCAAAGCGAGUUCUUCAUCUGUUUUCAAGAAUUCAAGAUGGGUGUCUGGGUUAUGGAAAGCUUCAAGAUUGGAAGGAACUGUAACAAAUGUGACCGCUGGAUCCGUUUUUGUUUAUUGGAUCGCAUCCGCGGGUUAUGGCCCGGAUUCUUCAAUCACACCUUCUGAAGAACAAAACCCUAAAAACUUAAAGUUAUUGGCAUGUUUUUCACAUGCAAAUUGGGAACUUGGUGAUUGGUGUCUUCUUCCAUCACCAAAAGACUCUGUAAAAGGUAGAUUACAAGGUCAAGAGAAGUCCGAGAGUGAUUCCGAAGUGCAAGAAAACACCGGAAUCGGAAUCGGAAUCACCAAUUCCAAUCCUUCGACAGAAUCUAGUUCUUGUAGUGGUUCAUUGCCUGUUUCAAAAGGUUCGAGUUCUGGGACUCAUGAAUCUUGGCCUUUACAUAGGAAAAAGGUAAGAAAAGUUAUGGUGAAGAGGGAUAAAAGGUGUAAGAAAAAAGAGGAGAAUUACGAAAAAGCCCUUCAAAUUGUGAACACGAAAACACGAGUUGAUGUACUUUGGCAAGACGGGAGUACAAAACACGGAUUGGAUUCCACUUCCUUGAUUCCAAUUGAAAACCCUGGAGAUCAUGAAUUUGUUUCUGAACAAUAUGUUGUGGAAAAACCUAGUGAUGGGAAUGAUGAUGAUGAUGAUGAUGAUCAUGAUGAUGAAGUUAGUCGUGUUGGAGUUGUGAAAAGUGUGAAUGCAAAAGAAAGAACAGCAUGUGUAAGGUGGUUGAAAUCGGUUGCAAGAGCAGAAGAUUUUAAGGAAUUUGAUAAAGAGGAAGUUGUGAGUGUGUAUGAGCUUGAAGGGCAUCAAGAUUAUGAUUAUUGUUAUGGGGAUGUGGUUGUGAGGUUACCAUCUGCUGACGUGGCAGGGUUGACCGAUGGGAGUGAAGUCAAAGGAGAUUUUUCGGAUCUUUCUUGGGUUGGAAACAUUACAGGGCUUAGAAAUGGUGAUAUUGAAGUUACUUGGGCUGAUGGGAUGGUUUCAAUGGUGGGCCCACAAGCAAUAUAUGUAGUAGGUCGUGAUGAUGAUGAUGACUCAGCUGGUGGUGGAAGUGAAGUAAGUGAUGAUGCAGCAAGUUGGGAAACAAUGGAGGGUGAAGAUAAUGAUAUGGAAAAUCUUCAAAAGGCAUUAGAGGAUCUUGGGAUGCAAAAUGGGUCAGAGGAUACAGAUGAGCAAACAGCUGAAAGCAUUCAGACAAAUGGUGCGCUUUCUAUACCCUUAGCUGCCCUUGGGUUCAUGACAAGGGAAGAUAAAAAUGAUGAUGUGUCUAGUUCACGAAAAUCCAGCUCUACUGAUAAUACCCUUGAAAGAUUGGCUUCUGGUAGUGAGGAGCAUGAACAUGAACAUGCUGAUGUGGAGGAAAAGUUUUUAUUAGGUUCGCCAGCUCAGCGAUUAAAUAUUGAUGAUUCUGGUAAAUCAAGUGAGGGGGGGAAUGGAAAUUCCAGCUUUAAAGGAUUUGAUAUUGUUAAAGAUCCUCUUGAUCAUUAUUAUCUUGGUGUCAAUGGACAGAAUAUCACCGGAAGAAAAUGGCUGAAGAAAGUCCAACAAGAUUGGAAUAUCCUUCAAAACAACUUACCAAAUGGAAUUUACGUCAGAUGUUAUGAAAAUAGAAUGGAUUUAUUGAGAGCUGUAGUAGUUGGAGCAUAUGGAACACCUUAUCAAGAUGGCCUCUUCUUUUUUGACUUUCAUCUCCCCCCUGAAUACCCCGAUGUUCCUCCGUCAGCAUAUUAUCAUUCAGGAGGAUGGAGGAUAAACCCUAAUUUAUAUGAGGAAGGAAAAGUGUGUCUUAGCCUGUUAAAUACAUGGAGUGGAAAAGGAAACGAAGUUUGGGAUCCAAAAUCUUCCAGCAUUCUUCAAGUUCUGGUUUCACUACAAGGCCUUGUGCUUAAUUCCAAACCCUAUUUUAAUGAAGCUGGAUAUGAUAAACAAGUUGGGACUCCAGAAGGAGAGAAGAAUUCUUUGUCAUAUAAUGAGAAUACCUUCUUAUUGAACUGCAAAACAAUCAUGUAUCUCAUCAGAAGACCCCCAAAGGAUUUUGAAGAUCUUGUGAGGGAGCAUUUUAGAGAGCGUGGGUAUUAUAUUCUCAAGGCGUGUGAUGCGUACAUGAAAGGCUAUUUAAUUGGCUCUCUUUCUGAAGAUGCCUCUGUAUGUGAAACCAGUAUUCCGAAUGCUAAUUCUGUUGGGUUCAAGCUCAUGUUAGCAAAAAUUGUGCCAAAGCUUUUGUUAGCCCUCAAUCAAAUUGGAGCUAAUUGUCAAGAGUUCAAUCAUUUACAAGAAUUGUAAUGUCCUUUUUUUUUAACCCUAAAAAAUGGAAAAAUCGGAUAUUGUACAUUUAGGGGUUUUUUUAUGGCAAAAUUUGAAAAAUCGGAUAUCCUGAUUUCUCAAGCUAACUAACCACAGUUGGGGUGUGUUUUUGGGAUUUGAUUUGUUGGAUAAGCUAUCGAGAGGAUUUGGUGGCUAUUUUUUGUUUGUUUUAUACUUUUGUUGGUGGAAGUGCUACCAUAUUUGAUUCAAGAUGAGUAGAAAAGUUAUUUGAAAACAUGUUAUAUGCAACUUUGAAACAUUUUUGAUUUUGGUUUCUUUGAGAUAUAUUGUGUUGUGUAAUCAUGCGUUUG